AUGGCUCAAUCCUCAUCUGGCGCCUCUGGACCCCCUCCAGGAAACCCCGGAGCCUCAAACUCAAACUCAAACUCAAACUCAAACUCAACCUCACAUCCCAUGAUCACGACACCUACACCCUCAACCACAUCCACAUCCACAUCCACAUCCGCAUCAUCCGCCUCCCGCUCUGUUUCUGCUUCUGCUUCAGCAUCACGUUCCCUCCUCCCUUCCCUCCCCGCCUCGUCUCUUCCCCCUAAUUCCCCCUCCAUCUCCCUCUCCCACCCCUCUCCCCACAGCAACAACACCACCACCACCCGCUCCAUCACGGUCUCCACGGCUCUAGGCCCAACAUCCAACUGUGCCGAGUACGAGCGGCUGGUCGGCAAGAUCAUGCGGGAUAACUUCUGGGACCUGGAUCCGUUUACGGUGGGCUUGAACCCGGGGCUGCUGAAUUUCGAGAAGCCGUUUAUUAGGAGUAAGGCGCCGCAUAUUAGGGGGAAGAUGAGGUUGUUGGAGAGGAUUUUGGGGAGGAUGGUUGAUGAUGAACACCUACUUUUGGUCUGCACAGAACCAAAUAUGUAUAGACCGCACCCAAAUCGGUCUACGAUUGACUAUCUGGUGAUUGGUGAUGAUCCACCUUGGAUUCCUCAUUUCUUCAAUGGCUCUGUGGCGUUUCCUCAUGUUGAAGAAGCUAUGAAGAGUAUUGAGCGAUUUCUUGAUAGUGACAAUGGUUCGCAACCUCCAUCUCGAGUCCCUACAGUUGGCGUUUCUCGCGCUUCUUCCUCUGCUAUCAACAGAUUCAAGAAUGAGGAGUUACCUUCAUGUGAGGAGUAUAUCGAUUUUGUCCAUGCUGUCGUUCAAUCUAUCAGUGGCCCCGAGUCUAAUGGAACGAUACGUGAGGACCACUUUUUCCCAAGCAUGGCAGUCACACCGGUGGCUGAGGUUCGGAAGCGAGCUAACCUGGUUAUGCGACUGAUGGGGCGCAUGGUGGAGGACGAUGUUCUGACCAGAGUCUCAGCGGAAGAGGGAACUUAUGUCUUGCAUCCCGAUUGCCGUCCCAAGGACUACAUGUCAGAUCGAGGCUUGACUGACAUUUCCCAUUGGGUUUGGACUUUCAAGACUUGGGCUGUACUUGACCAGGUUGCGGAGAAGGCGGUAAUGAAUUUGGAGAAGUUCUUGAAAGAUCUCAGCCCUGCUGAGAGAUCAAGAGUCAAGGUCGAGCGAGAAGAUACACCUCCUCCUUCAAAGCUUGAGCCAAAGUUCGAGAUGAAGCAAGAUGAUGAUGAUGUCGUCAUUGUCAAGCAAGAGAAAGCAGCAUCGUCUUCUACCAAAAGACAGGCACCGAAGCCACAAACAAAGCCCAAAAGGCAGAAGCAUAAACGAAGCGACCGAGAAUCCGCCUCCUCGUGA